AUGUCGCUUACUAUUCAAGGCUACAGAAAGCCAAGUCAUGGCCUCUUUCGCUUGAUUCCAGAUACAUGGGUUCCAUACGCCGAACUCAUGCGUCUCGAUCGCCAGUCGGGGUUCUGGGCGUUCUACUGGCACUACUUGAUAGGGCUUGGUUUUGCUAUUAAUAUCCCCCCAUUCUCCAGUGAUAUCGAUCUGAAAACUCUUGCAAUCCUCGCGGCGUACUUGGGUAUAUGGACCACCGUCUUCCGCGGUAUUACCUGUACGUGGAAUGACAACCUAGAUCAAGACUUUGAUCGCCAGGUUGCCCGCUGCCGAGUGAGGCCCAUCCCACGGGGUGCCGUCACGACAUCGCAGGCGCAUUUCUUCACCGCCGCACAGAUUGCCGUCGGAGCCUGCAUUCUGUACCCCUACGGCAGUUUGACAUUGGUUCACGCCGGCAUAGACAGCGUGUUCUUGUUCAUCUACCCCUUGCUGAAGCGCUGUACAGACUUUCCCCAAGUCGAGCUGGGAUUUGGACUGUCUUAUGCCAUAUUUAUGGUGACUGCGAUGGUCGGGAAGGACCCAUUGGCGCCUCUGUUGGACCCCUCGUUGGAUCUCUCAGGCCAUGUGGCCAAGGUCGUUGAGUCACCUCUAGCCCAGUCAGCUGCAUGUCUAUACGUCGCUGGGAUUCUUUGGUCUGUUAUCUUUGACACUAUUUACGCUCAUCAGGAUUAUCUCGAUGACCUAAAAGCUGGCGUCAAAGGACUAGCGGUACGACUCGGAAGAAAGGGAACGAAACCAGCCCUGUACGUAAUGACUGUCGUGCAGGUAUGCUGUCUCGUAUUGGCCGGCCGUCUGGCAGGGUUUGACACACCAUAUUACGCUAUAUCAUGCGGCGGAGAUGCUCUCCUGUUGACAUGGAUGAUUUGGGUUGUCAACUUGGAAGAUGGUGACCGUUGCGCUUGGGCAUUUGGUCCUGGAAGUGGUUAUGUCGGCGCCUCAAUCUCAGCUGGGCUUUUCGCUGAGUUUUGGUCGAGAAAGUACGCAUUCUGA